AUGUAUUUAAGAGCUAAAAACAAUCUUUCUUUCUCAAAAAUAGGAAUACAUCAUAGAGGCAUAUAAAAAAAAGAGUCCAAGAUAUAAUAUCUCAAUUUCUUCAUACUACUAUAAUAACACUAAAAAUAUAAUUAAUGGAAGUACAAGCAGAUCCAGAAUAUAUAAUAACAACAGGCAUAAUGUUAAUUAUCAUUUACAAGAUAUAUGAAAUCUUUAUAUUUUAAAUGA